UAGAUGUCACAGACCGUUUCAGUUUAAUUAUGAAGCAAACAGGGCUAGUUUAGUACAUAAUUUUCAUAUUCAGUCUGGAAAUUAAUCGCUUGUCAAGCCUACUCCAUGCGUAACUUCUGCGUAGAUAAAUUAGAAGGUCAUCUUUUCUUUUCCCAGUCGUGCUGAGCACAUUCAUAUCAUAUCUGGAGCAUAUCUGGAUCAUGUUGGAUAAUAUUAUUUUAUUUUAUUUGAUCAUUUUAUUUCACUACAUUAUGACCACCAUUUCUCCGUGACGAUCUUGGUGACUUCACUCUUCACAUUCUUACAUGAGACGUGUAUUUGAUUAUUUGGGAAUAGUCGCAGAGACACGUUUGUACUGCCUCUCACCACAAGGAGUACGAGAAGUUUAUACGCCACAGAUCAAAAUAUCUAACCAAACAGUAAGGACGCAUCUCGCCGGCCAGGUUUAUGAUUAUGGAAACCAAAACUAACAAUAAAAUGGACACUGUGAACACUUCUCUCGCUGAUUCCACAGAGAUGAGGACUGGAAUAAGUAGUUUAAUGGAAACAUUAAAGGAAGGGAGUUUUGGGCACGGCAGGGUCUCCGUGCGUAAUUUUGGAGACGCGGGGUCUUUACGCAGCACUCCGCCUGGAUCAAGCGGCGACGCUCUGGAUCAGCUCUCUUUGCUUGACUUGCCUCUCGGGACCAAAACGUACACCGAUCACAUGGAUGAAUUUCUGAAAGUCGAAACCGGACAGUGGAGCGCAAAAACGCUUCUGCCCAGUGAGACAGAUGUUUCAGAGAGUGCGUUUGUCAAAGAAGAGAACGAGCAGUGUCUCAUCAUGGAGCCACCCAACCCUGAUUUCGAUCUCGGCUUAAACAUCAGCGCCUUGGAAAGCUGCUACGACCCAGGCGAAAGGAAACAGCAGUGUGAGUUUAUUGAGGAGUCUUCAGCUUUGCUUUCAUCUCAAGCUGUCCAACAGGUAGCUGUGGACAGUUCUUCUAACUUUCAGUUUGACAUGGAUCAGUCUGCACUGGUUUUGCCACAUGCGAGAAGAGUAUUCUCGCCUUCUGUGUUGAAUUUCGAUGGAACGAGCGCAGCUAGCAUGAUGUCCAAAACGGACGUUUCCAAAUGGAUUUCACCCGCGGACUCUCCGUUCUGGUAUCAGAGCACAAAUGAAGAGCACGCUGGAUACUCUCCAGCAGAUCGCUUCAUCCCGCGCGCACAGACAGCCUACACGGCAUUCCCAGGGAUUCCAUCUCAAAGACUUUGUGUUAUAUGUGGAGACGAGGCUUCGGGUUGCCACUAUGGAGUUCUUACCUGUGGAAGCUGCAAGGUGUUUUUCAAGAGAGCUGUUGAGGGUCACCACAACUACCUGUGUGCUGGACGAAAUGACUGUAUUGUUGAUAAAAUCAGGAGGAAAAACUGUCCUGCUUGUCGUCUUAGAAAGUGCUACCAGGCAGGGAUGAUGCUUGGAGGCCGUAAAAUGAAGCGGUUUGCAGGUGUAAAGGUCAUGGGGUUGAGUCCAUCCCUGAUGUUCCAGAGUCCAUUAUCCCUGCUGGCUGAUGGUCAAGCUGUGUCCUCCCUGCCCCGUAUGCCGGCGAUCCGUGAGCUGCAGCUGUCUCCGCAGAUGAUCAGCAUCUUGGAAAGCAUUGAGCCGCAGGUGGUUUACUCUGGCUAUGACAACUCGCAACCAGAGCUUCCCCACCUUCUCCUCAACAGUCUCAACAGACUCUGCGAGAGGCAGCUGCUCUGGAUUGUCAGAUGGUCCAAGUCUCUUCCAGGUUUUCGCAGUUUGCACAUCAAUGAUCAGAUGACGUUAAUCCAGUAUUCCUGGAUGGGUUUGAUGUUGUUCUCGCUGGGUUGGAGAACCUUUCAGAAUGUCACCACUGAUUGCCUGUACUUUGCGCCUGAUCUCAUCUUGAACCAUGAUCAGCUGAGAAGGUCUCCAAUCUACGACUUGUGCUUGGCUAUGCAGUUUGUUCCACAAGAAUUUGCCAACUUGCAAGUCACAAAGGAAGAGUUCCUGUGCAUGAAGGCUUUGAUGCUCCUCAACACUGUUCCUUUGGAGGGCUUGAAGAGUCAAACACAGUUUGAUGAAAUGAGACAGAACUACAUCUGCGAGUUGACGAAAGCCAUCCAGCUGAAGGAGAAAGGAGUGGUGGCCAGCUCACAGAGAUUCUACCACCUGACCAAACUCAUGGACACCAUGCAUGAGAUUGUAAAGAAGGUCAAUCUCUACUGUCUGAGCACAUACAUCCAAGCCGACGCCAUGAAGGUGGAGUUUCCAGAGAUGAUGUCAGAGGUCAUUGCGUCACAGCUGCCGAAAGUGCUGGCGGGAAUGGUCAAACCCCUCAUGUUUCACAACAAGUGAUCCAGACAGAAUGAUUGGGUCUGGUGUAAUUAAAACAUCUUUCCAUAUACAUUCCUCCCCUUAUAAUAGUCAUAAGUUCUGGGGCUGGUUGCAUGAACUGCUUAGACUAGGCUUACAAACUUAGUCUUCUAUUUUUUUUUUCUUCAAGACUAGUCAUAACUAUAAAUUCAGUUACAAAAAGGUAGUUUGGUCUAAUUUGAAUCUGAAAAGUAAGACUGAUUACCUCUUGGGUAACCGCUAGUUGGUCAAACUACCUUUUAAGACACAAGUCUUAACAUGAUGGUUAUGUUUAUGCAACUGGACCCUGAUGUUUUAGUUGAAAAUCCACAAUUUUUAGUUCGGAGAAAGAACCAGAAUACCAUUUAUAGGCUAAUAAUAAGGAUAAAAAGUGCUGUAUCAUGCUGUAUUAUUAAACCUGCUAUUUACAGAACACCACAGUCUUACAUAUUUCUGAGCAUUUUAUGAUAAAUAGACAAAAAUAUAACUUAAAACAGUCUUAAAUUGUGGAAAAAAUGUGAUAUUUGGAUUUAACUAAGUUCUUUCUUUUAAUGAAUCCUUAAAUGUUGCUAAAAUGUUUGUGAUUUUUGAAAUCUAUUAGACUCUAAUUUAUGGUUAAAUUGUAUUUUUUUAAAAAAUCUUAGAUUUUCAGGAAAAGUGUCUGAGUGUGACGAAAAGGAAAUGCUUAUCUGUCUCACUCUGAUAAGUGUCAAGCGGACAGUUUUCAUGGUCAGAUCUUACAAACGCCCAAUGCCAGCCACCCUUGAUUGUACUUUUACGCAGUAUCCGCUCACGUCACGUCAAAUGAAAAGUACAUGUGAAGUAUCUAAUAAAAAAAAAACACUGAUUGUGUACAAUAACAAUGUUUGAAAGACAAAUUACUCAAUUGUAUGGCUGAGAGAGCACUGUAUAAUUACUGCAGCAUUGUAUAAUUUGAUCCAGUCUGAUGUUUAUUUUUAAAACUGAAUAUUAAAUGCUUUAUCAGAG